GCCCCUUUCUUUCUUCAUCUGCAAGCAAGCGGGGAUUUCUCCCCAACAACCACCACCACCGUGAGCAUCUCCACCAUGGCGCCGUCGUUCGAGGCCACCCCUCGCCGAGCUGAGACCACCGAAAGAUGCGCCUCGUCGUCCUCUACAUCCUGGUGCGAGGAAUCGUUCCGAAGCUUCACAAAUCGAGCGCAGCGUCGCCGAUUCCCCGAGUCGGUCGCCGUCCAUCUUCUUCAAUUCCGGCCGCCCUCAUCCUCCUCCGGCCAAACCGAGCACACCCCCGGCGUCCUCGUGUUCAGGCGCACCCCCGACGUCCUCGCGCUCGUCCUGUUUCGGUCGCAGCCAUCAAGUUCUUCUCCAACCCGUGGUUUCCGCCAUGGCCUCUCCAUCCCGAGCUCCGCUCGUGUCUCCAUCAAGUCGUGGUGCAGCUCACUCACAUCAACAAUGGUACUGCAGCGCAGUGGUUUGUUCCUUUGCUACAGAAGUACAGAUCGAGAGGUCUUUGGUUCAAAUCCUGCCCGAGGCAUUCCCUCACCUUUUUGCCUUCUAUUUUUGUUCAGUUAUCGUGGCCAGAUAUGCUUCAAUAACCGUGGAGCCUUUCCACUUUCAACAUCAGAUGCAGCAGCCAGAUGAUCUGUUAGAUCUUAUGCUGAAUGGGCCUCAGCCCAGACCCUCCGACGCAGCCCGCUAACCAUCGCCUCUCGUGGGCCAGAGCUGGUCCGGCCCUCUCCCUUCUCUGUUUUCUUAUUUUUGAUUUGCAAAAUGUUGCUAA